GCCAUUUUGAUGACGUACACGGAAGUGCGCCGGGCAUUAAGCUUCUGACUUCCGACCUUCUCCAAGAUGGCGGCGCCCUUUGUCCGGCUGUAGUCUUGUCUGUAGGAUGUGAUUUCCCCGCGGAUCAGGGAUGGCAGCCAUGGAUUUCCCUCAGCACAGUCAGCUGGUCCUGGAGCAGUUGAACCAGCAGCGUCAGCUCGGCCUCCUGUGUGACUGCACCUUCGUGGUGGAUGGAAUCGAUUUCAAGGCGCACAAGGCCGUGCUCGCAGCGUGCAGCCAGUACUUCCGCAUGCUGUUCGUGGAGCAGAAAGACGUGGUUCACCUGGACAUCAGCAAUGCGGCAGGUCUGGGUCAGGUGCUGGAGUUCAUGUACACGGCGCGGCUGAACCUGACGCGGGAGAAUGUGGAGGACGUCCUGGUGGUGGCCGGGUUUCUGCAGAUGCAGGAGAUCGUGAACGCCUGCACCGCCCUGAAGUCGCUCAGCAUCUCCUCCUCACAGGGACCUCACAGCCUGGGGGCCAUCACAUCCACACAAGGCAGAGAUGUCACUGACUACUCUCCGCCGGCUGAAGAAGGGGAAAGUGACCUGGAGACGACCAAUCCCACCGCCACCAUCUACCCACUGGAUGAGGCCGCAGACAGAGCGUGUCCGGGAGGUGGCGACGUCACCAGACUGAGGCUUCAGGAGGAGAGCGGAGCGGGGCCGCAGCCUGAGGAGGAAACGGCAAUGAUCAGCUCUGAAGGAGACGGUCGGGCAGUGAAGUUGGGGGAUUUGUUGUCUUCCGGCACCUGGUCCCCAACCGAUCAGGAGAAGACUAUAGACGUCUCUGUGGGGGAAUCUGAGGGCACAGACGAGGAGGUGUCUGGCAGUGACUCUUCACAGGAACAUGGAACUACUCCAGUGCCAGAAGAAGUCUGCGAGAGCAUGUGUCCCCUGAUCCCGGGGCCCGAACCUGCAGAAGACGGGAGAGAGGAGAACGAAAACAUCACCGAUGAGAAUACAGCGAAACCUGCAGCCGACAGUCAGGGGCCCCAGAGACAUCUGCGCUCAGGAGUAACCAACUACACUGAUCGCACAGAGUCACGACCCUACAGCUCUACAACUCACGUGUGUGAGUAUUGCAGCAAGGAAUUUACCCACACGGGGAACUACACGCGGCACAUCCGUAUCCACACCGGGGAGAAACCGUACCGCUGCCACGAGUGCGACAAAGCCUUCUCUGACCCCGCUGCCUGCAAAGCGCAUGAGAAGACUCACAGCCCAUUAAAGCCCCACGGCUGUGAUGACUGCGGGAAGAGUUACCGCCUGGUCAGUCUGCUCAACCUGCACAAGAAGCGUCACACCGGGGAGCCCAGCUACUACUGCAAGGUGUGCGGCAAACUCUUCACCACGUCCGGCAACCUCAAGAGACACCAACUGGUCCACAGCGGAGAGAAACCCUAUCAGUGCGAGUACUGCAACCGGCCCUUCUCCGAUCCCACCUCCAAGAUGCGGCACCUGGAGACUCACGACACUAACAAGGAACACAAGUGUCCGCACUGCGACAAGAAGUUUAACCAGCUGGGGAAUCUGAAGGCCCACCUGAAAAUCCACAUCGCUGACGGACCCCUGAAGUGCAGAGAGUGCGGGAAGCAGUUCACCACCUCAGGAAACCUGAAGAGACACCUGCGCAUCCACAGUGGGGAAAAACCCUACGUCUGCGUCCACUGCAAGAGGAAAUUUGCUGACCCCGGAGCAUUGCAGCGCCAUGUCCGGACCCAUACCGGAGAGAAGCCGUGCCAGUGUAUGGUCUGCGGGAAGGCGUUCACCCAGGCUAGCUCCUUGAUCGCUCACGUCCGCCAGCACACGGGGGAGAAGCCAUACGUAUGUGAGCGCUGUGGGAAGAGGUUUGUCCAGUCCAGUCAGCUGGCCAAUCACAUCCGCCACCACGAUAACAUCCGGCCGCACAAAUGUAAAAUCUGCAAUAAAGCUUUUGUAAAUGUGGGAGACCUGACGAAACACGUCAUAAUUCACACAGGGGAGAAGCCGUACUUGUGUGACAAGUGUGGUCGCGGGUUCAACCGUGUUGACAACCUGCGAUCUCACGUGAGAACCGUUCACAAGGGCAGAGCGGGCAUGAAGAUGCUGGACCGAGAAGAAGGGGAGGUGGACAUAGACGAAGAAGAGGUCAACAUUGUGACUGUGCCAGAAGAUAUGGUGACGCUGGCAACAGAGGACAUCGCCAAUACGGGUGUUACAGAGCUGACAGUGGUUCCCAUCUCGGCCGCAGUCACAGCCGAUGCGACCGAAGCAUUAAAAGCCGAAAUCACCAAGGCUGUGAAACAGGUGCAGGAAGCAGAUCCCAACACUCAGAUCCUGUACGCCUGCGACUCCUGCGGAGACAAAUUCCUCGACGCCAACAGCCUGGCGGAGCACGUCCGGAUGCAUACGGCGCAGGCGCUGGUUAUGUUUCAAUCGGACACUGACAUUUAUCAGCAGUACAGCGCGCCGACCACGUGGCAUACGGAGCAGGUGGUCCAGUCCAGCGAGCUCCUCUUUCGCCAGCGGGACGGCACAGACGUACAGCCGCAACCCAUGGACUGACCCCCCCCCCACCACCAACCGAGCCGCUCCCACUACAUUUCACAGGAUUCUGACAUUUUAAGCUGUUCUAUGUGAUAAUUUAUGGCCUGUACCAGCGCCCGGUGUAUGCAUUCAAUAAAUAUUAUUUUUUAAUGUGUGCGUCAGAAGACCAACGGCGGUGUAUUCAGAGGAGCCAUCGGGAUGAAGAUUACGCACCCCACCUUGCAGGGGGGGGGGUUCAGCGCCGUUCACACUGCACAGAUACGAUCCGUGUAUUUUAAAUCUGUAAUUUAAAGGAGUUUUCCAAGAUACUGUAUACGUGCGCGAAUUAUGUCAAGGCGUUAAUUUUCGUUAUGUUCCCUACCUGUGGGUUUUUAAUUCUGCGGCCAAAUGUUAACUGGGAAUCAAUAGAGCAGUGUUUCCCAACCAGGGGGCCUCCAGC